UAAGGAGUUCACGUUGAAUAGCUAGACGUCGACACAUAGUAGCGAAGUUGUUGUGGUAGCUAGUAGUACAACGACUAAACAUGUAAUGUAACGUUAACCUAGCAAGAGUGUCGUCAAAAAACCCGUUUGUUUUUCUAUCUGGUGGUGUCGUAGUUAACCAUCUAAAUACAAAAUACACAUGAAGAUGCAUCAAAAAAGUGCUGCCUGAUCAGCGACUUGCCAAUCAAUGUCCGGACUAUAGUAGUUACUCGUUCAACAGUUUUAUUUUUGGCGUAACGUUAGUGGUUAAAUCACACAUGUAUUGUAAAUACCACACAUUGAAUAUAGCUAGAUAUAGCUACAUUUAACUGUAACGUUGAUGUUAUUAAUAAGUUAUCAGAUAUACUAACUUGUCAAUAUUGCACACUGGUCUACUUUUACUGGCUUGCAGAGUCCCACAACUGGGUCGUGGGUCUUUCCAAGCUGUUUGUCUUCAUUGUGUUUUGACAGAUUGAUAGGAAACUAUCCCAUUUAGUUUGGUAACAAUAAAAGGAUGAGGAUUGAAGUGGUAACGUUACUUUUCGCAGGUGAGAGACAGAAUGGCAGAGAAUUGUGAGAGAAUGUCAGAAUGGCAUAGAAGUAGUUCUCAAAUAAAUACCUUGGACAAUGAGAAGCUUGUACGACCUAAAGAGAAACUGUGCGUGUUAUUGCAGCAGGCAGGUGCAGACAAAGACGUUUUCACCAUGAAAGAGGUGAUAUUCUACCUGGGCCAGUACAUCAUGAAGAAACAGCUUUAUGACAUGCAGCAGCAACACAUAGUGCACUGUGCUGACGACCCCCUGGGGGCUGUACUGGGAGUGGACAGCUUCUCUGUUAAAGAACCCCGAGUUCUCUUCGCUAUGAUCACACAAAAUCUCCUAGCAGUGAAAAAUCAAGAAUCCCAAUCUGUCUUCACGGAACCCAGGGGCCAGAGUGAACCGGAUAGAGGGCCUAAGGAGACGGACUCAGACUGUCAUUCAUCAUCUACCUCAGACCGCAGGAGGAGAAGGAGGAGUAGUGACCCUGAGGGGACGUCGUCGACACAAGAGGAGGACGGGUGUGAGUCCAGGAAGAGACAUAGGUCAGACAGCUUUUCUCUGACCUUUGAUGACAGCAUGUCCUGGUAUGUGAUUGGAGGCCUGAGACGAGACCGGAGGAGCAGCGAGUCUUCAGACUCACACAGUAACGCUGAAGUAGGUUCAUUGGUCAGUGACGCGUGUGACGAUGUUCUGAGCCAGGAUCUGGGCUCAGACUCUGAUCACUUCAGCGUGGAGUUUGAGGUGGAGUCCAUCGACUCGGAUGCCUACAGUGAUCCCGAAGAGGCUUCAGUGUCUGGAGAGGAUGAGGUGUAUGAAGUCACCAUCUUCGAGGCAGAGGAGGAGGACUCGUUCGAUGACGACACUGAAAUCACGGAAGCAGACUACUGGAAGUGCUCAAAGUGUGAGGAGUUGAACCCUCCCCUCCCCCGAAACUGCAACCGCUGCUGGACGCUAAGAAUGGACUGGUUUCCCGAUUCUGACAGCAACUCUGCUGCCCCCAACCUCAAACCCUUACCCCCCAAGCCUACCCCAGCCCCAACAGAGCCCGACGAGACCGAAGGUCUGGAUGUUCCAGACGGGAAGAGAGCCAGGUCGCCCCUUCCCCUCCUCAAAGACUCCCAGGAAUUGAUGUCCGUCUCUGGCCCCGAUUCCCAAGACUCGGCCUGCUCCUCCCAGCCCUCCACCUCUUCUUCGAACUCCAACGGCGUGGGCUCAGGCUCGUCCUCUAGCGCCCCCCUCAGUCAAGAAGUGAUGGCACCAGACUUGGAGCGUUUCAACAGCUUGGAGGCUCACCUCCCCGCCAGCUGCCUGGAGCCCUGCGUCAUCUGUCAGACCAGGCCCAAGAACGGCUGCAUCGUACACGGACGCACUGGGCACCUCAUGGCCUGUUACACCUGCGCCAGGAAACUGAAGAAGAGGAACAAGCUGUGUCCUGUCUGCAGGCAGCCGAUCCAGUCUGUCGUCUUAAUUUAUCUCAGCUGAGGACGGCUAUCGGCUAGACUGUACAUUCCAAAUAAGCAGUCUAUUCCCUAUGUAGUGUGCACUACUCUCAACCAUGGCCCCAAUAGGACUCUGGUCUAAAGUAGUGCACUAUAUAGGGAAUAGGGUGUAACCCAUAGCUACACAACUCCCUGUUCCUCAAAAACAACUUAAAUCCUGAAUGAAUAAAUAAUAUGUUUUAAUUUUGUUUAUUUGGAAGUGAUUUUAUUUAUGAACAAGAGUUAGUUGACUCUAUCAAACAAGGUGCCUGUUGUUGUUGAUUUGGGAUUGAUUUCUAGUGUUCAGUCAAAUAGCUUUUCUAGUUUUUCAAAUGGAUUAAAUUCUCUUAGUGGUGAAAUAUUCAAUAUAUUUUAUUAAAUAAAGAAUGUUUAGCUAAUUAACAGAUGUACAUUGGUUUUCCUUUGUUAAAUUUCACCUCGUCUUCCCUCUAUUCUACACAGAUGAUUAGUGUUUUAUAUAAUUGUAUCGAUAAUGACAUGGGGUUUAAACUACGUGAAAAGUCAAAUGUCUCAAUAAAGUUCACCGGUAGAAAGAGA